AAAUACCGUAAUUCGUAACUAGAAAAAGAAAAGGCUAGCGAGAAUGAACUCUUGAAUCCGCUAUUUCAAGGAAGAAAAAGCGGAAUCUUGUAUCCGCUUUCUAAGACAAGGAUUCACACAAUUAAUACCACUUUGUAAGAGAAGUGCCCAAAACUCUCUUCAAAACCGCCAACAACAUUUUCUGAAAACUCCAAAAUAAACAAAAUGAAGAUUCUUCAAUUUCCAGUCUUCUCUCUCUUCUUAGCCCUGUUCAUACUUGAAAGCUCAAUCUUUGCAACUGUUGCUGCUAAUCCCAGUAAUAAUUACACCAACAUUGGUCUUAAUUAUGGGAUUAGUUUCCUUAAUCGUACCACUUUUCCUUUGCGUUUUGUUUUUGGGUCAGCUUCUUCUGCUUAUCAGUAUGAAGGAGGAGCUAAAGCAGAUGGAAAAGGGCCGAGUAUAUGGGACACUUUCACCCACAAAUUUCCUGGAAAAAUAGCAGACGGAAAGAAUGGGGAUGAAGCAAUUGAUUCAUAUCAUCGCUAUAAGGAAGAUGUGAAGAUCAUGAAGGAAAUGGGACUAGAUGCUUACAGGUUCUCAAUUUCGUGGCCCAGAGUAUUGCCCUAUGGAAAAGUAAGCAAGGGUGUGAACAACAAAGGACUAACCUAUUAUCACAACCUUAUCGAUGAACUCUUGGCGAAUGGCAUACAACCAUUCAUCACCCUUUUCCAUUGGGAUCUUCCUCAGUCUUUGCAAGAUGAAUAUGGUGGCUUUCUUAGCCCUCGCAUAGUGGAUGAUUUUCGUGACUAUGCAGACCUUUGUUAUAGAGAAUUUGGUAACAAGGUGAAGCAUUGGAUUACAAUUAAUGAGCCAUGGACCUAUAGUACAGGCAUUUAUGCUUCUGGAGUCUAUUCAUCCAAGCAGUGCCCUAAGUCUAACCCCGAGCGUUGCAAAUUUAAUAUAUCCACUGACCCUUACGACAACGCGCAUUAUCAGCUUCUUGCUCAUGCUGCAGCUGUUCAAGUUUAUAGACAAAAAUAUCAGGCAUCUCAGAGAGGUGUAAUUGGCAUUGCUCUGAAUUCAAAUUGGUUCAUUCCCUUUUCUCAAACAAAAGAAGACCAAAGUGCAGCACUCAGAGCAGUUGACUUUAUGUUUGGAUGGUAUAUGGACCCAAUAACAUAUGGGGACUACCCGCAAACAAUGCGCUCUCUAGUAGGCAGUCGCUUGCCUAAGUUUUCAAGGGAGCAGUCUAGCAUGCUAAAAGGGUCUUUUGAUUUCCUUGGCUUAAAUUAUUACACUAGCAGUUAUGCGGCAAAUGCUCCUAGUUUUAAGAAUGGAGAGCCCAACUACGGUACUGACUCUCUCGUUAAUAUGACAACGGAGCGUAAUGGAAUUCCAAUUGGUCCAAGGGCCGCUUCAAAUUGGCUGUAUAUUUAUCCAAGAGGAAUUUUUGAUCUUCUAGUCUAUAUAAAGCGAAGAUAUAAAAAUCCAAUCAUUUACAUCACAGAAAAUGGCUGUGAUGAGUCAAAUGAUGCCGGAUUGUCUCGUGAGGAAGCUUUGGCUGAUGGCAUGAGGAUACACUACUACCAUAGUCAUCUAGCUUUUGUACAACUUGCUAGGAGGAAUGCAGUCAAAUUGAGAGGAUACUUUGCUUGGUCAUUGUUGGACAACUUUGAGUGGGGCGCUGGCUAUACUGUUCGUUUUGGCAUAAACUACGUCGACUACAAUGAUGGAUUGAAACGAUACCCCAAGCAUUCUGCUAAAUGAUCAAGCUUAGGAAUGCCUUCUCUCAAGGGAAAAUUGUUACGGAGUAUUUAUCUAAGAGAACACAAUGGUCAAAAGAACGGUAUUGUGCUAGUCUAAAUUCUGCAGUGUCUUCUAUAAUAUGACCUGCAACUGCAAGAUAAUCUGUCACUCAUUGUGCUUUGUGGUAAA